AACACAUGGCGUUAGUCUUGUCAGUAUUGCUUCUUCUUCUCUUUGUUCUGAAACAACAAUAUUUACGCUCCUCUCUUCCCCACUGCCAAAACAUACUCCAUUAGCAGCAGCAGCCACCUUCAUUCUUCUCUCAUGUCAACGGCUACUUUUCUUCUCUCUCCGCCGUUAAUGGUGGCAGCAGCAUUUACAUUUACAUUGCUUUGUGUUAGCCAUUUUUCCAUGGCGUUAGCCGAUAAUGUAACGGAAACGGAAAUGGCAGCGUUAAUGUCAUUCAAAAGGAAUUUAGAAGACCCACUUGGUGCAUUAGACGGUUGGGAUAUUUCAACGCCGUUAGCGCCAUGUGAUUGGCGUGGUAUUCUUUGUGACGGAGGUAGAGUUCGUGAACUCCGCUUACCUGGACUACAACUCAGUGGCCGGUUAACUGACCAGCUUGCUAACUUACGCCAGUUGCGUAGGUUAAGUCUUCACUCUAACAAUCUUAAUAGCUCUAUCCCACGCUCUUUAGCUCAAUGUGCUUUGCUACGCGCCGUUUACUUACAUUACAACUCUUUCUCCGGCGAACUUCCGCCGGCGAUUUCUAACCUCACUAAUCUUCAAGUCUUAAACCUAGCUCACAAUUUUCUCUCCGGCCAUAUCUCCGGUAAUGUCCCUGCGAGUCUCCGGUUCCUCGACCUUUCUUCUAAUCUCUUCUCCGGCGGCAUUCCAGCUAACUUCUCCGCCGGUUCUCAGCUCGAACUCUUAAAUUUGUCGUUUAACCGGUUCUCCGGUGAGAUACCGGCGAGUAUUGGAGCUUUACAGAAGUUAGAGUAUCUCUGGCUUGAUUCUAAUCAACUCUACGGGACUAUACCUUCAGCAAUAGCCAACGUAUCCUCAUUAAUACACUUGAGCACUGGUGAUAAUAAUCUGCAGGGAUUAAUCCCCGCUACAAUCGGUUCACUUUCGAGUUUACAAGUAAUUUCGCUGUCGCGAAAUCAGCUAUCUGGGGUGGUCCCUGCUUCAUUUUUCUGUAAUGGGUCAUCAGUCAAUGCUCCUCAUGCUAUUAGGAUCAUUGAGUUGGAUUUUAAUGCACUCACGGGUUUAACUAAACCUGCAAACGCAACGUGUUUAAGUGCUUUAGAGGUCUUGAGUCUUCACGGGAAUCACAUUAAUGGUGUUUUUCCUGACUGGUUGAUGAGUUUUUUGUCAUUGAAGGUUCUUGAUUUGUCUGGGAAUGCAGUUACUGGAACUUUGCCUAAUACUAUAGGGAAUCUGAAGUCUCUUGAGGAGCUUAGAUUGGCUAACAAUACCUUAACUGGUGAAGUUCCUGAGAGUAUAAUGAAUCUUGCUUCAUUGGGGGUACUUGACCUUGGUGGGAAUAGGUUUUCUGGUUUGAUUCCACAGUUCUUGGGUAAUUUAACUAGUUUGAGGAUGUUAUCUGUUAGUAGGAAUAAUUUCUCUGGGCUGAUUCCAGCCAGUUUGGGGAGUCUUUAUCAGCUUGAGUUUUUGGAUUUAAGCAUGAAUAAGUUGAAUGGUAGUUUGUCUCAAAACCUUGUGCUGCUUAGCAAUUUGACUACUUUGAAUUUGUCUAGUAACAGGUUUUCUGGUGAAAUUCCUAGGGAAAUUGGUAGCAUGCAUGGGUUAGAGGUUUUAAAUGUGAGUAAUUGUGGGUUUUCAGGGAACAUUCCGGGUAGUAUUGGGAGUUUGUUGAGGCUGACAACUCUUGAUAUGAGCAAGCAAAACAUAUCUGGUGAAUUGCCCUUUGAGAUUUUUGGGUUGCCAAGUCUAAGAGUUGUUGCAUUACAAGAGAACAUGUUAACUGGAGAUGUUCUUGAGGGUUUUAGCAGUUUAUCUGGUUUGGAAUAUUUGAAUCUGUCAUCUAAUGCCUUUUCUGGGCAGAUUCCUAAGACAUAUGGGUUCCUUACAUCCUUGGAAGUGCUUUCUAUGUCGAAUAGUGGUAUUAAUGGCUCGAUUCCAGCUGAAUUGGGCAACUGUUCUGGCCUUCGAGUGCUUGAGCUUCGAAGGAACCAUUUAAAAGGUCAAAUUCCGGAGGAUUUCUCACGUUUAUCUCGUCUAACAAAGCUUGAUUUGGGUGAGAAUGGUUUAAGGGGGGAAAUCCCCGAAAACAUUUCUAAUUGCUUGUCUUUGGAUAUUCUCUUGUUGGAUUCGAACCACAUCUCAGGCCACAUACCAGAGUCAUUGUCAAGAUUAUCAAACUUGGAAAUGCUGGAUCUUUCUUCAAAUAAUUUGAAUGGAUCAAUUCCUUCAAAUCUGUCUCUAAUUUCCAGCCUGAAAUACUUAAAUGUUUCCCAUAAUCAUCUUGAGGGUGAGAUUCCAGAGGCGUUGGGUUCUCGGUUCAAGGAUCCUUCUUUAUUUGCUGCCAAUAAAGAUUUGUGUGGAAAGCCAUUGACAGAGUGCAAUAAAGGCAAGAGGAGAAGAAAGAAGUUGAUUUUGUUUGUUGUAUUGGCUGCAGUAGGGGCUUUUCUAGUGGCCGUAUGUUGCUGUGGGUACAUCUAUGGCCUUAUACUUUGGCACAAGAGGUCAAGAGGAGGUGCAUCUGAAGGGAAGAAGCGAAGCCCAGGCCGUGCAAGCUCAGGAGGAGAAGGGGGUCGUGGAAGUGGGGAGAAUGGUGGUCCAAAGCUUGUUAUGUUCAACAACAAGAUCACUUAUGCAGAGACCUUAGAAGCAACAAGGCAAUUUGAUGAGGAAAAUGUGUUGAGCCGUGGAAAAUAUGGCCUGGUAUUCAAAGCCACUUACGCAGAUGGAAUGGUCUUGGCUGUCCGUCGCCUUCCUGAUGCGUCAAUUGAAGUGAACACAUUCCGCAAAGAAGCUGAAUCCCUUGGCAAGGUGAAACAUAGGAAUCUGACUGUCGUCCGUGGAUAUUACGCAGGACCGCCACCUGAUGUCCGGCUUGUUGUAUACGAUUACAUGCCUAAUGGAAAUCUUGCCACACUUUUACAAGAAGCAUCUCAUCAGGAUGGCCAUGUCCUCAAUUGGCCAAUGCGCCACCUGAUCGCUCUUGGCAUUGCUCGUGGCUUAGCUUACCUUCAUUCAGUUACAGUGGUUCAUGGGGAUGUAAAGCCACAAAAUGUAUUGUUUGAUGCUGAUUUUGAAGCCCAUCUUUCUGAUUUUGGUUUAGAUAAACUAAGCCUAGUAGCAACACCAGUAGAGGCUUCAACAUCAUCCACCCCAGUCGGAACUCUAGGCUACAUAGCACCUGAAGUAACAUUAACUGGAAUACCUACAAAAGAAGCUGAUGUAUACAGUUACGGAAUCGUACUGUUAGAGAUACUAACAGGAAGGAAACCAGUAAUGUUCAACGGGGACGAGGACAUUGUCAAGUGGGUAAAGAGACAACUACAAAGAGGUCAAAUUUCAGAAUUGCUCGAGCCGGGGUUGCUUGAAUUGGACCCUGAAUCAUCAGAAUGGGAAGAGUUUUUGUUAGGAGUUAAAGUUGGUUUGCUUUGCACAAUGCCUGAUCCUUUAGAAAGACCAUCAAUGACUGAUGUUGUAUUCAUGCUUGAAGGUUGCAGAGUUGGUCCUGAUAUUCCUUCUUCAGCUGAUCCUACAACUCUUCCUUCACCAAUGUGAUGAAAAUUCAAAUUCUUUUUUCCCACUAAAGGAAACUUCAAGAUCCAAUGAAUCAAAUUCAAGAAAAUUUCCUUCAUUUGCUUAGUUCAAUGUUCAUGUAUCUCUUCAAUUGUCAUUCAUUGUCAUUAAGUUUGUUUCUUUUAAGAAAAACAAAAGUUUGUACA